CUCCUCUGCUUCUUGAAAAAAGGGGUUUGCGCUGUGGUCCAUUUUGUUUGUUUGUCCUCUUCACCAGUACCUAAUUCUUUUGCUCUUAUCCCUACUUGGUUUUUCCAUCUCUUUUAGUAAGUUUCUAAACAGAUCUAUUUCGGGUUUUCUUGAUUUUUCAAUUUCUUUACAUUUCAAGAUCAAAUUUUGAAGCAAAAGCAAUACGCAGGAUAGUGGGGUUUGUUGGUGUGGGUUGAAGGAAGCUUCAGAUCUUGUUGUUGGUGGUGGUGUAUUAUUAGUUGUGGUUUUACACUUGAAUUUUAAAAGGGUAUUCUGGUUGUUGUUGGUGAAGAGAAACAAGCAAGAAGGAUGGAAAGAGACCCACAAGUUUUCUUUUGAUAUCAGUAAUGGCCUCCUCUCUUUGACUUGAGAAAUACUAAAACACAUCUUCUUGUUCAUUUUGCUUCUGUGUUUAUUUUCAUCAAAAAGCUGUUCUCUUCUUCUGUCUCUGGUUGUUCUUUUUGAGGGAGAAAGUGGGGGAAAAGUGCGAUUAAAGAGCAAUGUUGGCAGGGAGUCCUUCUAGUGCCCGUACCGCCACUACUUGCAAUACUUUACUUCGGGAACUUCAGCAAAUAUGGAUGGACAUAGGUGAGAAUGAAGCAGAGAAAGAUAGAAUGUUAUUGGAAUUGGAGAGAGAGUGCUUAGAAGUUUACAGAAGAAAGGUUGAUGAGGCUGCAACCGCUAAAGCCCGCCUUCAUCAGUCCGUUGCCGCCAAAGAAGCUGAACUCGCCACCCUCAUAGCCUCUCUUGGUGAUCUUAACGUUCAUUUUCCGCUAAACAUGGAAACCAAAUCAUCAUCGUUGAAAGCUCAACUUGCAAUGGUUUCACCGUUGGUAGAAGAUUUGAAAGUCAAGAAAGAGGAAAGAAUCAAACAGUUUGCAGAUAUCAAGGGCCAAAUUGAAAAAAUUAAUGGUGAAAUAUCAGGAUAUAGUCAAUUUGUAGAUGCAGUUAGUUCGUUGAAUCUGGAAGAACAAGAUUUGUCUCUUAGAAAACUUGGAGAAUACCAGUCUCAUCUUCGUACUCUGCAGAAGGAAAAGUCAGAGCGGCUUCAUAAAGUUUUGGCGCAUGUGAAUGAGGUGCAUUCCAUGUGUAGCGUUCUUGGGCUGGAUUUUGGAAAAACCAUUAGUGAUGUGCAUCCGAGCUUGCAUGGUACAAGCCUGGAAAAUGCAACAAACAUAAGUGAUAGUACAUUGGAAGGUCUAGAAAACGCCAUACUUAGGUUGAAAACAGAGAAGAAAGUGCGGUUUCAGAAGCUGAAAGAUAUUGCUGGAUCUCUAUUUGAACUUUGGAAUAUAAUGGACUCAACAAGGGAAGAAAAGAGUUACUUUUCAAGAAUUACAUCGAUUAUCAGAUUAUCCGAAGCAGAAAUCGUGGAACCGGCAUCUCUUUCGUUAGAUAUUAUUCAGCAGGCUUCACAAGAAGUUGAGAGGCUCAGUAAACUGAAAGCAAGCCGAAUGAAAGAACUCGUUAUGAAGAGGAGGUCAGAAUUGGAAGACAUUUGCAUCAAGACUCACAUUGAGCCUGAUCCAAGCACGGCUAUUGAUAAAUCUAACGCAAUGAUCGAUUCUGGUCUGGUAGACCCAAGCGAACUUUUGGUGAAUAUUGAAGCACAAAUUAGUAAGGUAAAGGCUGAAGCUUUGAGCAGAAAGGAAAUCAUGGAUAGGAUAGAACGGUGGCUCUCUGCAUGCGAAGAGGAAAAUUGGCUUGAAGAUUAUAAUCUAGAUCAAAAUCGGUACAGUGCUGGAAGAGGAGCUCACCUAAGUUUAAAACGUGCUGAACGGGCUCGAAUUACUGUCAACAAGAUUCCGGCUAUGGUUGAUAAUCUAAUAUGCAAGACAAUUGCGUGGGAAGAUGAGAAAAAGAAGUUGUUCCUUUACGAUGGGGCACGCUUGGUGACGAUUUUGGAGGAAUAUAAACUAUCGAGACUACAAAAAGAAGAGGAAAAGAAGCGAUCCAGGGACCAAAAGAGGCUUCAAGACUUGCUACUUAAAGAAAGAGAAUCCAUUUAUGGCUCUAAGCCUAGUCCAAGGAGAGCUAGUAGUUUUAGGAUGACAAGCAACGGGUAUCGUGGGAACGGCAAUGGGUCGAUGACUCCAACACCUCGCAGAAGCUCUGUUGGGAGCCCAACAAUGGAACCAAUGACUCCUCGAUCGUAUUCUGGACGUCAAAAUGGGUAUUCCAAAGAAAUGAGAAGGUUAUCAACCGUUCCACUUAACUUCGUCGCCAUCCCAAAAGAAGACACGAUAUCAUUUUCGUCUGUAUAUGGUUCCGAGCCAGGGUCUCCCCUUCAGAGCUGAAUCUUCCGACAUUAAGCGCACAGACCCUACAUUCGAAUGAGAUAUACCGAGUCUGUUAGAAAGGUUGUGAAUAUUUGAAGGGAUUGUACACUAGUUUUAUGAUUGAACAGUGGUAAAGGAUCAGCUGACAGUUUAGCAGCAGAGUGUGGUAAAGGUGUGGAUAGAAUUGGUGCAGUUUUUUUGUAUGUUUGUUGGGUGAGAUUUUCGUGGUUUACUUGUAAUAUGGUAUGUACGUGUACGUGUUUUUUGAUUCGGUGUGAUGGGCAGACCAAGCUUUGAAACGACC